ACACUCAGAAGCGGGUGGGGGUGGGGGUACAAAAAAUCUCCACACACACACACCCCGAGGUUGACGCGAACGCAUGUUUAUGUAUGAUCAGAAUAGCACAUUCCACAAACGACAGUAGUGCUUCAAGUAUAGGUUUUGUGAUACUGCCAUUUCAACGACUGAAGCCUUCGUGUUGCUUGUGUGGGACCCGAGUUGAAUGUUUUUCGACCGGUUGGUUGGGUGGGGUCUUAUCGACACACGCGGAACAUACCAAGACACGCAAACCGCUCGAGCAGGUUGUGGAUAUACCGCCCUCAGUCAGGUACAAGGCGUGGAUGGGACGUGUUAUGUGUAAUCGCCAGAUAUUCCAGAAGACGUGCUGAGUGGAACCUCUAGUAACCUUCAAUCACUGCCUUGCCAUACAGAUAUUUACGCAUACGGAAGACGUACAAGAAGACGCGCCAGUUGAAAUUACCAGUAACCUUCAAGCACUGCCUUGCCAUACAGAUAUUUACGCAUACGGAAGACGUACAAGAAGACGCGCCAAGUGAAAUCUGCAGUAACUCACAAACACUGCUUUCCCACAGAGACACAUACAAAUCCGAAAGACGUGCUCAGUGAAAUCCCUGAACCCUAAAAGCACUGCCUUGACAUACAAGAACAUACACACACGCACAAAUGAUGUACAGGGUGACGUGUUAAGUGAAGUCUUCAGUACCUGCAAGCACUGUCGGCAGCCGUGGCAUCCUACAUCACUAGCCUCUGAGUAUGGCCCACCGAUCUAAACAUUUAUCAAAGCGAGUUGUUCUUUUUAUUGCAGUCAUUCUAAUAUGUAUUGUCUGUGUAUACCAUGCUCCAUUUUCAACAAUUCUACCACCUCCGGCACCUGCAGCAGUAGUCAACAACACGUGCCCGAGUGUAUUAGAUCACAUGACACAAGGGCAGUGGAUUACCCGACCUCUGUCUCUGGUAGAGAAACGGAAGUCAGAAGACUUCUAUGCCUUGGCUCUCCAGAUGCAUGGCGUCCCAGCAAGCCUACAGAGACCAGAUGGUCAGUGUGGCAACCAGGGAUAUUCGCAGGUCAGUCCUUUCAUUCGCGCCAUGUGUAGCCCUACAGGCACGACCCCUUGUUGUUUCAACUUUAGAUGUAAGAAUGUCACUGAGGACCUGUGUCGCUGCCCUAACUGCUGGGACCUUCGUCAGUCCAUUCAUGCCGAGUACUCCACGUGGAGGACAGGUGACCCCAGAUGCUCCCCACAAGAGACGUCUGAGAAAGAGAUCUGCAGGCUGUUGGAUGGGGCCUAUCUCUAUUUCAUAGGGGAUUCACUGAUCAGGCAUAUGUACACAGGCUUGCUGAUGGCCAUCAGACACAACUUCGAGGACGGCGGUCUGAGAUCCACUGAAGAUGCAGAUAUCAAGAAACGCUGUUCUGGCAUGAACAUGUAUGAGGAGAAACUAUGCAGAGCAAAACUUCCUCAGAAUGUGACGGAAUUGUGUGGGGGUCGGGUUCGACUCCGGUUUACGCCAUACUACAAUUUUCAAUUUUCAAAGCAGUUCCAACAAGCUUUCUUUGACGCCCCUCGAACAAAGAGAUCUUAUUUUGUUGUUGGGAUAGGAUUUCACGUUGGACUCGACUCGAAUUCAAUAUACAAUCAUUACCUGAAACCAGUUCUUGAUUUUAUGACGAAACAGCCGUGGCCAAAACUGAUGUGGAUGCAUCUUCAUGCACCUAGCAGUAUGAAAAGAUCCAAUACUCAAAACGAGCCACAAGUAAUAGCUUUUAACGAAAGAAUGUCGAAGCUGUUGAAGCCGCAUGGGAUCCCUAUUAUGCCCACCUAUAAUAUGACCAUCGGAGUGAGAAGUUUUGACGGGACGCAUUAUGGCAUAGGCAUUAAUGUAUUGAAAGCCAAAAUAUUUAUCAAUUAUUUGAAAGAGUUACAAACAAAAGGCAUUUGGUGAGUCAGGGUUCAUGAUGGAGUGUGAGUGAGUUGGGUUAAACGCCGCUUUUAACAGUAUUCCAGUUAUAUCACGGCGUGUCAGCUUAAUGUGGGAGGAAAGCCCGAAG